GCCAUCCAGCCCCUUUCCCAUCGGGGCUCUGUGCAGCAGGGGAUUAUGCUUUAAUCAGAGGCUGUAUGGGAAUUGCUUUAGUAUAGAUUACAGGCACAGGGCACAUCCCCAGCAGUGGGUAGCCCCCAGCCCUGCAGGCUCCCAAGCAAUCUUGAGUCUUGGUGGACAAGGGAUUAGCGGGGGCAUGAGGCUGCUGCGCGGGUGGGUGCGCACCCACCACUGCCUCAUCUGCUGCCAGUCCUUUGGCCCUCGAUUGUGUUUUUUCGGCUAAUCCUCUUGUGUCUCCUCUGUGCUGACAUCCUGCACCACCAAUCCCCCUGUAGUUCUGGGUGCCCACGGCAUGGGGCUCUCCCCAGGGCUUGCCCUGGCCCCAUGGCUGCUGCCCCAAGUUGGGACCCAUGUAAUGGGGGGUAUUUCAGCCUGACCCAGUGUGUGCUGCAGUUCAAUGGCUCCUUCCACCUCCCCAUCACUCUGAUGUGGCAGCACCUGCUGUCCUCCCACACUGCCACUGUCCCCUGCAAGCACCCUUGGGUGCAGCAAAGGGAAGGUCUUUCCACCCUGGCUGUGGCUUCCCCUCCUAAUGCCUUAAUCCGCCCCUGAUCCGCGGUGCCCCUGGGGCUGGUCCCACUGACCUUGCAGGCACUGGGACCUGGUGGGCACCCUGGGGCAAGAUCUGUCACCAGCACCCACCCGCCAUGGCCUCCUUCUUCACGGCUGCCCUGAAGAGCUUCCAGAGGGGCAAGGACGAGUCACCCAAGGGGGCCCCCAAGGAUGACAAGGCAGCUGCCCUGCCCAACGGUGUGGCUCGCGAGGAGUUUGAGGAGUACCAGCGGCAGCUGCUGGAGGAGAAGAUCGAGCGGGAUAAGGUGUUUGCACAGAGGAAGGCAGAACGGGCCACGGUGCGGAUGCACCUGCGGGACAAGUACCACCUGGCCCAGGACGAGCGGGACGACGCCCAGGUGCGCGUGGCCGGAGGUGCGGUGGAGCUGCCACAGGACCUGGCAGCCGUGGUGCACAGAGAGGAGGAAGAGGAGGAGGAGGAUGGCAGCGCCGGGGCCUUCGCCUUCCUGGCGAAGCUGCGGGAGGUGGAGCUGCCGGCGCUGCGGGGGCGAGCGCUGGGCGGAGCGGAGCAGGUGAAGGAAAAGUGCGCCCUGAUGUAGCUCCGUGCCCGCCCCGGGGGCACCGGCAGCUCCUGCCCCGGGAGCCACGGAGUGCAGAGGCUCUGGGUGUCUUUACUUGGAGUGCGGGUCCCGAUACACAUAUUAGGUGUGGAUUUUCUUCCCCGAAACCAUUCCCAUUAGCUUUCCCAGCGUGUGCAGCCGUCAUGGUCAGGUCCCUCGGUGUGCUCCUGGUGUGAGCGCCCGUAUGGGGCAGGUCCUUGACUGUUACCCCCCAUCACCAGCCCUGGCACCAGGUUCCAUUCGGCUCAAUAAAUACAGCAUUUGCCGGCACUAUUCUGGUCGUCCCGCCGUAUCCCGCACCCGUACAGUCCUGGUUGUUGAGGGGACACGGUGACUGGAGCCGGGCUGCCCCAUGUCCCCUGACCCACCAACCAGCCCAGGAUGCUUGGCCACUGGGUCCGUCCCCGCCUUCUGCAGCAGCCCCCACUGGGACCCAGUGAUCACCCUGGCUGUCCCUCGGGGACAGCACCGGGAGAAGGUGUGGAGCAUUUACUCCUAUGCUCAAGCAUCCUCUGCCAGUGCGAGCAGCAGGGGCAUCCCUCUGGCCAGGCCAGGGCGCCCGGCCGCCUCUUGCCCCGCCAGGGACUCUGUCCUGGGCGCUCCAGCAGCAGCGCUGGCUUAAAUGCCGCCGCGCCGGAAGGCCGGGGGCUGCUGAGAUCACUAAUACCUGCCUAUUUUAGCGAGGUCUAAUCUUCUGAGUCGCCUGUCCCCGAGGACUAAGCUCGCUGAACCCGUGUGAAAUGUUCGGCCAGCGCUGGCCCCAGGGGCACCUCCCGCCGGAGCCGGAGCCGCCGGGAAUCACUGUGUGAUUUCAUGCUGUGUGUGCAUGAAAGGAAGGACGCGCUGAGCCGCCUCCGUCCUCCCCACGCCGCUGCCAUCUGCUCCGGAAAGGCUUCGGGGACGGCCCUGCCGGGCUGCCCACGGCCCCGGCGGCCGGGCUGGGACGGGCAGCUGGAUCCAGGGGGCUGGGAGCUGUGUCACAGUGCUCAGCACUGUCACCAGAGCCAUCGCACUCAGCCGCCGCUGAGGAGCUGGAGCACGCGGAGCAAGGAGGUCCCUGGAUGCACGAGGUGCCCAAUUUCCCCUGGAACACCUCUGGGUACCAGGUCCAGGGGCUGGUGGCUGCUGGUGCAUCCCAGAGAGUGUGAGACAGGCUUGUCUGGGCCUGACAUUGGGGAGCCUCCUGAUGUUUGCUGGCCCCACUGUCUCUGCUGACCUCAUCAUCCCUGAUGUCUCUGCCACUAUUCCCAAUCCCGUUCGCCAGCUUUUCUUCAGAAUUUAGGAAAUCUCCCUUCAGGCAGAAACCCCACCUGGGGGAUGGAACCGUCUGGGCCACGCCAGUCCCUCGCCAGGUCCCUGACAAGGUGUUAGCAGCUGCGGCACCCAGAACAACGCUGAUCCCACCCCACAUCGCUGCUCUCCUCAGGGCUGGCUUCGCCACCAAGUGCCAGCUGCUGGGAUGGUGGCACUGAGGUUUGUCACCACCACCUCAGUCCUCCAUCCCGGCUCCACAUCAGGGCCCCAUCCUGGGCUGAUGGGCAGCC